AUGAUGCUUACGAAGCUGCUUUUCGGAAAUGAGAGGGAAACUGAGAGAUUUUAUCGAAUGAUUCCUCACAAGACCAAGCAUGGUGCAGCCGCACUUGCUCGUUUGAAGGCAUACGAGGGUGUUCCACCUCCUAAUGAUAAGAUAAAGAGGAUGGAGCUUGAGAACAAGAGGAAGGAGAGGGCCCAGCUUACAUACGAGAGGAAGAAACAGUUGAACAAGCUGAGGGUGAAGGCAAAAAAGGUUGCCGAGGAGAAACACAACCACGAUGCAUUGGGUCCUCAGCUAGUAUUUGCCUUUUAA